CUAAACAAAGCAGCGUUGAUCUCAGUACCUGAAGACCAAGUUAAAGAAAUCAGCAAGUUGAUUUAUCACUUUAUUUGGAAAGGAAAUGAUAAAAUCAAACGAUCUGCCCUAAUAAAUGAUAUUAAUGAUGGUGGUUUGAAAAUGUUAGAUAUUCAUUCAAUAAUUUGCGCACAGAGAGUAAUGGUAUUAAAAAACUACGCAGACGAGGAAAACCAUAGCUCUUGGAAAAUAACCCUGGAUUAUUCCCUCUCUGGGGUAGUGGGUAAGUUCAUCCUCCGCUGUAAUUUCGAUACAAGAAAACUUCCAAUUGACCUUCCGCCUUUUUAUAAAGAAUGUCUAGAUGCCUGGUCUCAUACGAGGACGUGGCGAACCAAGUAA